AUGUCCAUCCGUAUUCGCCAUCCGGGCGGGACGGCCACCUUUCCCCUCAGCGACUCUGUGGACCUGGGAGCUCUGCAGGAGUUCAUUGCUGAGCAGUGUGGGAUUGCUCCUUUGGAGCAGGAGAUCAAAACGGGCUACCCACCUAGAGCGCUGCCUCUACAUGGCGUUCCCUCUAGCACCCUUCUCUCAGAUGCACCGUUGAGGAUAAGAAGAGGAGAGCAGAUCAUCGUGGCGCUCAAGUCCUCCGGGAGCGCAUCUGCUGCGCCUUCCUCCUCCUCCUCUUCCUCCUCUUCUUUUGGGCUAGGGGCGGGAAGUCGGAACAUGACAACGCCAACGCCAAAGGCGCCUGCUUCAGAGGCUCCGGCUGCAGCGGUGAAAAGUAGGAAACCGGAGGCGGCACCUUCGAUACUCAAGCCUGCUGCGCCGGCACCUGCGCCUGCUCCUGCGCCUGUGCCCAUUUCGAGACCGGCACCUCCUGCGCAAAUACCCAGGACGUUUGCUCCUGCUCCUGCUCCUUCCACUCUACCUCCUCUCUCCUCCGCUCCAUCCAGCUCUCCCGGUCUACAAAAGGGCGAAACCAUCUCGGUCCCCCUCCCCGCCUCCUCCCCCCUCGAAGGUCACCUCACCCUUCAAAUAGUCCCAGACGAUAAUUCCUGCCUAUUCUCUGCCCUCUCUCUCCUCUUACACCAAUCCCACUCUCCCGCAUCCAAUCGCACUCUACGUCAACAAGUCAGUCGAGGGAUUCUCGCUGAUCCUUUCGAAUACUCAGAAGUGGUUCUAGGUGCUCCACCCAAAGAGUAUGUGGCGAAGAUGCAGCGCGAUACGACUUGGGGUGGGGGAGUCGAGCUCGCCGUCCUCUCCAAGGAACACCGGCUGGAGCUAGCAGCACUGGAUGUCAUCAAUGGUGUAACACACGUCUUUGGUCAAGGUCAAGGGUAUACCACGAGGGGAUACCUAGUCUACAGCGGAAUUCACUACGACGCCCUCGUCCUCCUUCCAGAGCUCGGCGCACCACUCGAAUUCGCCUCGACCCUCUUCGAUAUCUCUACGCCCGGCGCACUAGAGGUGGUAGAUGUGGCAGCGGGAAAGUUGAGGGAGAAGCUAAAGGAAAAGAGGUACUAUACGGAUACCGCACGAUUCACACUCAAGUGUGGACAGUGUGGGCAGAGUCUCAAGGGAGAAAAGGAAGCGACGCAGCAUGCUAUGAAGAGUGGACAUACCGAUUUUAGAGAAUAUGAGUGA